AUGGCACCUCUGGUCACCGAAAUCAUACCUCCAGUCCCGGAGACAGAGUUCGGCAGACUUAGAGACCACCUGCCGCAAUCGCUCCCCGUCCUCCGGCGCAUACAAUUCUCUCACUACCCGCAGGGAACAACCGAGCAUGCCCGCUAUCUCAUCGCAACGGACAGCGAUGGCGUAAUCGACGGCGGGGACUGGCAGGGACAGCCACCACCAAGCCGGGGACACUUCGCCGCCGCCUACCUAGACCUCUCCAAGGGCCCCGAGACGGAGAUGUACCUUUACACGACCCUCGAGGACGCCACGGACCUGGCUGCGGUGCCCAACGACGAUGUCGAGCGCGUCCUGGACCUUGCCGUCGCUCUGCUCCACCGCGGCAAACUCGCCGCCGAGGAGGCCAUGCGCUCCGGCGCAUACAAGCUAGCCCGCGGCGCCGGGUUCCUGGUCGGUGGCCUGCACCAGCCCACGUACGAGCUGCUCUGCUCGCGGAGGGGCCUCACGAGCAGCUACUGGAACCCGCAUCACGCGUGGCUGUUCCGGCUGGACAGGCUGCCGGGCGGGGGCGGGGGCGAGGGUGGGUCCGGGCCCGGCCCCGGUCUCAGGUGGGACGUGGUCCGGCGCGAGGACGUCCCGCUCAUCGCGUCGAGGACCUAUAUCCCCAAGAUCGAGGCGACGCUGAUGAGUGAGCCGAGCGUCGGCGUCAGGGACGCCGCUGGGACGUUGGUCGCUUGGGGGUUUAUCGGGGUCGCUGGGACGCUGUCGACGUUACAUGUUGAGGAACCGUACCGCGGAAGGGGAAUGGCUAAGGCCGUGGCUACGAAGGUGCUGCGGGAGCACAGCUUUGGUGACGAUGGUUGGGGCUCGGCUGAUGUGCAUGUUGACAAUGUUCAGAGUCAAGGUGUGUGCAAAGGCCUCGGCGGCGAGAAGGGCUGGAGGAACUGUUGGACCGUUGUCGAUCUCGACAGUAUACCGUGA